UCAGCCAUUGCGAACUGCUACCACAAUAGCAGCUCCACGCGUCAACAGAUCCACGCGAGUGAUUGUGAAGCCUCUGAUGUUGGUGCCCUCGGGGAGGGAGUCGAGGAUGGAAUCAUGCUGCUGGGGCGUCGUGGGGUCCACAUCCAGCCUCACAUGCUGCAGGCCCCUGACGUGGUCGAUCAGCGAUGAGAGGCGGGCGUACACGUGGCUGCCCACGUCCUCCUCACCAGCACCAUCCGGCACUGAAAGAAGCCACACACACACGCACAGGACAGCAAGGGAUGUUCGCGCAAACGAAGACGGAAGGACACAUCCCCCCCCCUCUGCGUACGCUUCAUGAUGAUCCAUAGGUCCUUGAUCUUCGGCAAUCCACCGGCCGCCCCCACCAGCUGGUCGACACCGACCUCAACCAUCUCCACAUUCCCCACCUCCCUCUCACUCCCAGCGCCGUCAGCACACCCACCUCGUCCUCACCACCCCAGCGAGUGUCCACGCCCCCCACCUUGUCAGGCAUCUUGGCGGCCAGCAGCCGGCCCGCAGCACCACCCAAUCUGCUGCCGAUCCACAGGUGUGUGGCCUUUGGGAACGGCUGCUGCGGCAGGUGGGCGAUGAUGGAGGGAUGGGGCGAGUCGGCGUUGGCGGGGGGAUCGAAGUCAUAGGCGUUGCGGACCUCCACCGAGCCGGCCUCGUCGAAUGUGAGUGUGUUGGCGAUGUCGAUGGCCGACUCGCUGGGAUUGCGGAGGUCGUCAGUGAGGUCGUCCUGGGUGAGGGAAUACUGCACCUGUGUGACCUGCCGAGCCAGCUGCUGGAUGACGCUCUUGAGCCAGGGCGAGGGGUGGGUGGGGAUCUCGCUGUGGUGGAACAUGUUGAGGUCGAAAUACGUGCAGACAGGGGAGCCAGGGGAGGUGAAUGUGACGGGGGCGUCCUGUCGGCAGCACUCGGUGGCCAGCCGGUCCACGGCCAGCAGGACGGGAAACGUGCGGCGGCCAGCGUCGAAGAGAUCACACGACACGUCCAACCGCUGGAGCGACCGUCGGCAGCCGCGCGCCAGGAGCACAGCCUGAAGGCAGGAACACACAAACGAGAGGGCACGAACCAACUCACAGGCCCUGCUGUGCAUUUCCUUUGUUGUUACCUGCAGCCGCUCGACGCCCAGCUGGUCGGUGCUAUUACCACGGAUCUUGAUGGUGCCGAUGGCCUCCAGCUGGGAGAGUGGCCCUCCCUGCUGCCCAGGAGGGGUCUCAGGAAUGCCCUCAAACACACCCGCCCACCCGCCCUCGUCAAAGCUGGAGCUGCCGCCCACAAACACACGCCGCAGGGAGCUGGAUGUGCUGAUGAAUCGGCCGAGUGUGUCAGCAUCCCACCCCUCCUGCUGCACGACAGCGAGAGAGGGCACUCGCCAGCGGCGGUCGGCCAGUCCCUGAUGGACGGGCAUCAAACCGACGAUGUUGGUGAGUGCCGGGAGGGCCGGGGGCGGGUCGGCAAGGGGUGGGAGGGGUGGGUGUGUCCUUGUGACGGUCUCCCUCUCCUUGCGGGUCAGCUGAAUCCCCUCGAUGGUGAUGGUGUGCAGUGUGCCGCCCUCCAUCUUGGCUGCACGCCGCGCGGCGAUAUGACCCUCCACCAU